AUGGCAAAGGCAUUAGUCCAGGUCAUGCCCGAUACAAAACACCUUCUAUGUACAUGGCACCUAAUGCAGAAUGCCCAAAAGUAUCUUGGGAAUUUUUUUGUUGGUGGGAAAGGCAUAAAAAGUGUGAUAACAAAAUUAAUGUACGAGAUUGAGGGUGAGGAAGAAUUCUUGCUGGAAUGGGCGUGGAUGGAAAAGGAAUUAGCUGUAGAGAAUAACAAGUGGUUGGCCAACUUAUUUGGUUUGAAACAUGUAUGGGCCAGGUCAUAUGUUAAACAUGUGUGGUCAGCUGGUAUGCGUACCACACAACUUAGUGAGAGCUUCAAUGCUCGCUUAAAACAGUACUUAGCGAGACAAUAUGCACUGCCAGAGUUUUUCAAGCAUUUUAAAACGCUUUUGUUCGACAAGCGAUACAAGGAGUAUGCAGCUGAGUAUGACUUGCUGCAUAAGAUGCCCAGGCUGAAAGCAAGGUCUCCUAUUUUAGAUCAAGUCGGAUGUCUGUACACUAUUAACAUCUUUGACCUUUUUCAGGAACGGUUAAUAGUAGUUGGCAUGAGUGAAAAUGUCCGGAAGUGCAACGACCUUGGUAAUGGGGUUUUUUCAUAUGAAGUUGCGGUUUAUAAUGAUAACUUCCAUCGGGUCGUCACAAGGACAGAUGACGACUUAUUAUCAUGCUCAUGUGGAAAAUUUGAAAUGGAGGGUAUCAUGUGCAACCACACUCUGAAAGUCCUUAAAGAUGUGAUGUAUGCCAAUGAAAUACCCAGCCACUAUAUUUUAAAAAGGUGGACCAGAAAUGGCAAGGACGGCAGGGUGGAAGACAUACUUGGCAGCGAUGUGAAAAGUUUGAAGAAGAUUGCUCAAGGAGCACAACCUAAUCCCAGGCCUGCAUGUAACCAAACCGCACGAGCCAAUGCCAUGGGAAACAGCUUUACAAAUAUAGAGCUGAAUAUUCAUGCGCAAACCAUAGAAGGAUUGACUCCAAAAGGGAUUGCCACGAAAAAUACAUUGAAAGGAAGAAGACGUAGGCUCAUACCUGCUUUGGAAAGAGCCACUGCGAAAAAGAGAAAGGCCGUUGUACCAAGUCGCAGUCCUACUACGACAACCCCUAUGUAUAUUUUAAACAAUGGCCACGAUUGGGAUAACAAUCCGGCUACUUAUUUUGGUCAGCCCAUGACUCCAUUAAAUAAGCAGGGAGUUGAUGUAGAUGUUGUAUGUGACACAAAUUUCUCGCCAAUGAUCCAAAUGCCAAACAUGAAUUCUACAUUUGAGCAAUAA